GAAAUGCGUGAGUUUUGACAUGUUAAGUUUUAAGGUCUUCCUUCUUUUCUUGAUACCAUUAACUGAACAGUCGUACAACAGGCGUGCUCCACCAGACACGAAAAUCACUAAACCCUUCACAAUGCCAGACAUUAUUGAUUCAAACUUGGCUAAUCAAUUGAAAGUCCCAAACAAGGAAUUCUGCCAGAAGAUGGCCCUAAGCGACGCCGAUUUCUUUAUGGCGAUGCCGUGGUGGUACCACUAUUGUGAACGUCUGAGAGAAGAAGAAGAGAGCAAAACGAAGAGUAAGGCAAGAUUCCUUAAGCCUUACGUGAAACUCUUGCGUAAGGUACAGGAUUAUAAGAAGACUCAUAAAAUUUGGAACGAAGUUCCAUCUGUUUCACGACCUAAAAGAUUAUUAUAA